UUGGAUGUGGCCAGAGAGAGCGAGAAAGAGAGAGAGGGAGAGGGAGGCGGAGGCAGCCGAGUGCGGGCUCAGUCAGGUCGAGAGCCAGGAAAUGGACAUCAGCAGCGGGGAAGCCGGGGGGCCACCUCUCCCAGAUAUGAAGUGUCCCUGCCUUCCUGCCAAGAGUAAGAAGGAAGAGGAAGAGGAGGAAAAUGAAGACAAGAAGAAAGCGGCGCCAAGGGCCAAGCGGGAGCGGCGUCAGGGCAGCGCCAGUGCCACCGUGUGCCAGGUGUGCAGCAUCCGACUCAAUUCUGGAGCCCAGGCUCAGAUCCACUACAAGGGCAAGACGCACCAGAGAAGGCUACGCAGACUGACCAAGGUUGUUGGGACAGGUACGCUGUCCCACAACCAGGUCCACCCUCUCCUGGGUUCCCUGCCUCUGUCAGGGCGAGCUAGCCUCCCGUCUCACAACCACCUGGAACACUUCCUGCCACUCAGGAUCAGCACCUCCUUGCCCCUCAGCCUUUUCCCAAAUUUCAACACGAUGGAUCCGGUGCAGAAGGCAGUGAUCAACCACACGUUCGGCAUCGCUCCGCCCAAGAGAAGAACAACUAUCACAUGUAAUAUUUGUCACCUGCGCUUCAACUCUACUAACCAGGCUGAGGCCCACUACAAGGGUCACAAACACACUCGCAAGAUGAAGGCUCUGGAGAACCAGAGGAACCGGCAGAAGAAGAAGCACGGCCCAUCCACGGGGGACAAAGAGAAGCGGACGGCGGGAGAAAGUGGACCACAAACAGACUUGAAUUCAAACAACAGCACAGAAUCUAGCACAUCGUCGCAACUGGAAACGGGCCUCGGAAGCGGCGUAAGCCCCCCUCCUCCCGCUGCAGACUCCUCCUCAAGCCACGCUCCUCAGCUGUCCCAGCAAUUUCCUCACAGCCCUCCGUACUCCUAUUUACCAUUGGCGGGGGCGGCGAUUGACGGCCCACCUCCGGCACGGCGCGCCCCUCAGGGCCCCCCUGCUGUCGGGGAAAAAGAUGAUGAUGGGGUGAAGGUGGAGGAUAAGGAGGCCAACAUAAAACAGCUCCACUGUCCCACAUGCAAAGUCACGGUGAACUCCAGCUCUCAACUAGAAGCCCACUGUAGUGGCUCUAAACACAAGCAGAUGCUGCACAGUCCCAACAGCAGCAGUCAGUCGCACCGCAGGGCGAAGAGAACGUCCUCGCCCAGACGCCCGUCCCGAAUAACGAAGCAACGGAUGGGCACCAACAGGACCAGGCCGGCGCUGGGCAUCGCCGGCCAGCGUUUUCAUUGUCAACUGUGCCAGGUGGCCGUCAACUCGGAGACCCAGCUCAAACAGCACAUGAACAGCAGAAGACAUAAAGAGCAUUUGGCCGGGAAGCCUGUGAAGGUGAAGGCUAAAUUCACGCCUUAUAAUAAACUGCAGCCCUGCACUGCAUUAGCGACUAAACUGGCCUUGCAGAAGCAGUUGUCCAAGGCCCUGCCGGCAGGGUUCCAGACCGGCGCCCUCAAUCCAGCCGCCUUGUGCACUCUGGCUUCCACGCCGCUGGCACUGCGACUGCCGCAGGGUCCCACGGCCAUCAUCCACGGUCCCCUGAUAAGCCCCGCCCUCUUCAGACCUGCCCCGGGACCGCUGAGGGCGACGCACCCGCCCAUUAUUUUUUCUCCUUAUUGACAACAAAGACAAAAUGUCACAUUUGACGCGUCAUCAGUACAGUAUGCACACUUGCCCACAAAAUACAGCGGUGCUUUGACUUACGAGUGCCCCAACUUACGAGAUGUUAAAGUCACGAGUCGUCGCUUGUUGCGAGCAAAGAUUUUGACCAAAAGUUGAGCUACGGCGCUGCUUAAGUGAAGUGAGGUGGGGAGGAAAAAAAAAAAGAGCCAUACUGACAAUGCACUUUCAGCCAUUUAUUGAAGAGGACAAGCAACCAAUCAUACAAAAAGAAAAUGAAAACACUCACAAAGUAUUUGCAAUUGCAUUUGUAUUUGCAAAUGUCAGAACUCGGUGUACACACAAGGUGCACCCCACAUUGUAAGGCGAAAUGUCUAAUGUGGACCUUUAAGACCUUUACAAUCGUUAAAAUGCGGUAAAAAAAAAAAAAAAAAAAAAAAAAAAAACCUGGUGACCAAAAUCUGCGACUAUGCGAGGCCGAGAACGGUGAACUGCAGAUGGGCAAGGGCAAACUGUAGUGCUAUUUUUAUUUAUUUAAAAACGUACCAAAAAAAAAAAAUUUUUUUGGGAGGCAAGAACGGAUUAAUUCCAUUUCAAUUCAUUUCAGUGGGUAAAACUGAUUUGAUACAAAAUCAAGGUACCACUGUUUAAGGACCAUCACUCAACUAUUUGAGUGCAUGUUUCCUGGGGUCCGAACCCCAUCGGAAGCCAUAAAUAAAUUCACAUUUCUGUUUUAUUUAUAAAAUAAUAGUCUGCCAUUGCACAAGAUUUUAAAUGUCACGCUUGUGUUGCCAAAUUUGAGAGCUUUCUCGUUGUACUCUGGGAAAAAAAAACGAUAUCAUUCCUGAAUGAGUUUCCAAACAUAGAUUGGUGUAUUGGUGAGCACAAAGUAAAAAAAUAUUAAUAAUAACUGCAGUCACUUUGCAUUGUACUGUCAUCAAAUACAUCAAAAUGUUGUUCCAUUUUUGUCUUUUUCUGACCUGUGCCAUAAACAAAGCCAAGAACUUUAACCACACUUUGUGAAUUAUUAUUUUUUAUUUGUUUUUCCAUUAAAAACUAUAUUUGACAUGAGCUAUUAAAGCAGGGGUGGGGAACCUUUUUCCAAAUUCUUCAAAUACUUUACUGAAAUGAACUUAGAGAUGCUUUUUGCGCAAGCUGAGAAAAGUCCAAUUUCAUGAAUCGUUAUUCCUUGGAAAUAUUUUUAUAGCUUUAAUUCCAUUUUAAGCAAUAGGUUUAUGUUUUCAAAUGUGGUUCAUGAAAACUAGCGUAACUGUUCAUCAAGUGCAAUAAUGUAGACUAAAAAUGUAUAGAAUAUUUGUUCAUGAGUGUAUAAUGUAUUCUGCAUUCAUUUGGAUGUAAUUUUUUUGUUGUUGCUAUUUUUACACCGUUGCGGUUGUGUUUAUUUCCCCUGCAUUGAAACAAUCACUAAAUUUGAUGUGGUGUAUGAAUUUUGAAGUAUUUUGGGAAGCAUUUGAUCCAGCGAUGUAAUUCCAAACCUCAGAGAAACUGUUAAAUAAAACAUUUC